AUGGGCUGCUCGGGGAGUCGAGAAAAUUUUGUGCCGGAAAUGCAGCGGCUUUGUUAUGAUAUGUCACCACUAACCGAUGCGAAACUUCCGAUAAUCUGGUUGAUCGGCGCUCCCGGAACUGGUCGAGACACCCAGGCGGCGAUACUAGAAGACUUCUACAGUUUUGAUGUCCUAAAAAUAUCGUCUUUGCUGAAGCAACAUGCCACCAAUGAGACGGAUCGAGGAAGGGUUAUCAAGGAAAACUUCAUGAAAAAGAAUAAACUAAUACCGGACACCAUAGUUAUUGAUAUCAUCAAGGAGGAGAUACUCUCGAGAACAGCAUGGGCGAAUGGAUUCGUGUUAAAUGGUUUUCCAAGGAACGCCAAUCAGGCAGAUAUGUUCGUAAAGGAAGCGUGCGAUGUAGACGUGAUCCUUUAUUUGACAUGCAAGGUGCCAACAAUGGUCAGCAGGUCUCUAUUCAAAUCCGAUAGCAAUAGACUCGUCGAUGUCAAGGUAGAAAUAGCAUUGUACAAUAAACAUCUGGCGCAGGGAAUCAAAAAGUACAGCGCUAAGAUUGAGAAAUUCGACACAACCAAAGAUUCUCCGGACAUUAUAUUUCCUAAAAUACAAUCUGCAAUUGAUGUUCGCGUUUUUCCAGACGGAAACAAAAAAGACAAUACAAAUGUACAUAAUAUCAUCGACGAAAAUUAGAUUCACAUCCU